AUGUUCUACGACUACGACGUCGUGGUCAUCGGCGGCGGCCACGCGGGCUGCGAGGCCGCCGCCGCCGCGGCGCGGGGCGGCGCGCGGACGGCGCUCGUCACGCAGCGCGUGGACACCGUGGGCGAGAUGAGCUGCAACCCGAGCAUCGGCGGCAUCGGCAAGGGCCACCUCGUGCGCGAGGUCGACGCGCUCGGCGGCGUCAUGGGCCGCGCGAUCGACGCGGCGGGCAUCCACUUCCGCAUGCUGAACCGGCGCAAGGGCCCGGCGGUCUGGGGCCCGCGGGCCCAGGCGGACCGGGACCUCUACCGCGCCUUCAUGCGCGGCGAGAUCGCGUCGGGCGCGUACGAGAAUUUGGACGUGUUGGAGGCGUCGGCCGAGGACGUGCUCUUCGAGGACCGCGGCGGCGAGCGGCGCGUCCGCGCCGUCGCCGUGACCAUCGACGAGGAACCCGUGGAGGUGGCGACGUCGGCCUGCGUCAUCACGACGGGCACGUUCCUCCGGGGCACGAUCUGGCUCGGCCAGGAGUCGCGGCCCGCGGGGCGCUUCGUCCGCGACGACGGCACGGGCGGCUCGGGCGACCUGUCCGGCGACACGCUGGAACUGGACCUCGGGCUGCCGCUGGGGCGCCUGAAGACGGGCACGCCGCCGCGGCUCGACGGCCGGACCAUCGACUGGAGCAAGUGCGUCGCGCAGCCGUCCGAGGAUCCGCCGUUCGCGUUCUCCUACGGGAACGCCGAGGCCUCGCCCCGGGGCACGGUGGCCUGCGCGAGGACGGCGACGAACGAGCGCACGCACGACAUCGUCCGGGCGGAGGCGCACACGCUCGCGCCGCCGUCCGUGUCCGGCACCGGGCCGCGCUACUGCCCGUCGCUCUACAAGAAGGUCGAGCGCUUCGGCGACCGGAGCUCCCACGUCGUCUGGCUCGAGCCGGAAGGUUUAAACACGGACCUGGUCUACCCCAACGGCCUGAGCGGCGCCUUCCCGCUCGACGUGCAGGAGCGCAUCGUCCGGAGCAUCGCGGGCCUCGAAAACGCGGUCAUCGUCCAGCCGGGGUACGACGUCGAGUACGACUUCGUCGACCCCCGGUCCCUCGACCACGGUUUAGGCGUCAAAAAAGCCCGGGGCCUCUUCCUCGCGGGCCAGAUCUGCGGCACGACGGGCUACGAGGAGGCCGCGGCGCUCGGGCUCGUCGCGGGCGCGAACGCGGCGUUGGCCGCGGGCGACCGCGACGCGGCGGCGUCCGCGCGGCGGCGCUUCGUCGUCGGCCGCGACGAGGGCUACAUCGGCGUGCUGGUCGACGACCUCGUGACGCGGGGCACCAUGGAGCCCUACCGCAUGUUCACGUCGCGCGCGGAGUAUCGUUUGGCGUUGCGGGCCGACAACGCGGACCUGCGGCUGACGCGGCUGGGCGCGGCGCGCGUGCCGGGCCUCGUCGAGCCCGACAGGUUGGCCGCCUGCGAGGCGCGGGCGCGCCACGUCGCCGACGCGAAGGCGCGCUGCGACGCGCUCCGGUUCGCGCCCGAGGCCUGGGCGCCCGCGUUCCUCUCGGCCGACGAGACGAACCGCGACGACCACUCGAAGCGGAGCCACAAGUCGGCGUCGCAGCUGCUGGCCAUGCCCCACGCGACGCUGGAGGGCGUGCUCGCGCUCGCGGCGGCCCAGGGCGAGGAGUUGCUCAUCGAGGCGGACGCGCGCGACACCGUCGCGGCUUUAUGCAAGUACGCCGCGUACCUCGACCGCAUGGACCGCGACGUCGCGGCCUACAAGCGCAACGACGCGACGAAGAUCCCGCCGGACCUGGACUACUCGGCGGCGAACCUGCCGGCGCUGUCCGCCGAGGAGCGCGAGAAGCUCGGGGCCGCGCGGCCGCACACGUUCGCGGAGGCGGCCCGGAUCUCGGGCGUCACGCCCGCGUCGCUCGUCUACCUCUACAACCACGUCGCCAACGGCAGCAAGCGGCCGUCCGCGGUCGCCGCGGAGGCGUCUUCGUAG